AUGCUAUCUACUAGAAACGCUCUAGCACGCGGAUUGUUGCGUGGAUCCAACAACGGCUUGCAAAGCAAGAAGUUGUUGUUGCAGCUUGUUGCUGCACGUUGUUACAGCAAUGGGGAAAAGACUUUGAAGCAAAGGUUUGCUGAGAUUUUCCCAGAAAAGGCUGAGGAAAUCAAGAAGUUGAAGAAGGAACACGGUAAGACCGUGAUUGGUGAAGUGUUGUUGGAACAAGCAUACGGUGGUAUGCGUGGUAUCAAGGGUCUUGUUUGGGAAGGUUCUGUUUUGGACCCAGAAGAAGGUAUCAGAUUCAGAGGCCGUACCAUUCCAGACAUCCAAAAGGAGUUGCCAAAGGCAGCUGAUGGUGAUGAGCCAUUGCCAGAAGCUAUCUUUUGGUUGUUGUUGACCGGUGAAGUGCCAACUGAGAGCCAAGUGAAGGCAUUGUCCGCUGAUUUGGCUUCCAGAUCUGAGUUGCCUCAACACGUUGAGCAAUUGUUGGACAGCUUGCCAAAGAACUUGCAUCCAAUGGCGCAAUUUUCCAUUGCUGUUACUGCUUUGGAGUCUGAGUCCAAGUUUGCCAAGGCUUACGCUCAAGGUGUUUCCAAGAAGGACUACUGGAACUACACUUUCGAGGACUCUCUCGAUCUAUUGGGUAAGUUGCCAGUGAUUGCUUCCAAGAUCUACCGUAACGUGUUCAAGGACGGUAAGGUGGCUGCCAUCGACGGCAACGCCGACUACGGUAAGAACUUGGCCCACCUAUUGGGUUUCCAAAACAAGGAAUUCGUGGACUUGAUGAGAUUGUACUUGACGAUCCACUCCGACCACGAAGGUGGUAACGUGUCUGCACACACCACUCACUUGGUUGGUUCAGCAUUGUCGUCUCCAUACUUGUCGUUGGCCGCUGGUUUGAACGGGUUGGCUGGUCCAUUACACGGUCGUGCAAACCAAGAAGUGUUGGAAUGGUUGUUCAAGUUGAGAGAGGAAGUCAAGGGUGACUACUCCAAGGAAACCAUCGAAAAGUACUUGUGGGACACUUUGAACUCCGGUAGAGUCGUUCCAGGUUACGGUCACGCCGUCCUAAGAAAGACCGACCCUCGUUACACCGCCCAACGUGAGUUUGCCCUAAAGCACUUCCCAGACUACGAGUUGUUCAAGUUGGUCUCCACCAUCUACGAAGUUGCUCCAAAGGUCUUGACCAAGCACGGUAAGACCAAGAACCCAUGGCCAAAUGUCGACUCCCACUCCGGUGUCCUAUUACAAUACUACGGUCUAACCGAAGCCUCCUUCUACACCGUCUUGUUCGGUGUCUCAAGAGCCUUUGGUGUCUUGCCUCAAUUGAUCAUCGACAGAGCCGUUGGUCAACCAAUCGAAAGACCAAAGUCCUUCUCCACCGAAAAGUACAUCGAGCUAGUCAACUCCAUCAAGAGCAAGGGCGGUGUCCAAUAG